UUCAGGUUCGCCUUCCCCACAGACCCCACACGGAGGUGUAUGUUCGCCGUCGUGCUAUUCCCUGCAGAGAUGGAGUAGAAGCGGGGUACAUGUUGGAGGGCCGAUCGCCUCUCUGGGACGUUUGUGCCUCGUUACGAGGCAUAUCGGCUAAGGCCUGUCGGGCGGUUCCAUCGUGCCCGCCGUGUCGCUCACAACUCCGUGAAGGCCCUCCAAAGCUGCUCGCGACGAGCACCAAUGAUAGCUCUCAAACGCCGCGGCUUUCCCGAAUCAAUAAGCCGCAAGGACAUGAUAACAGCUUCAGUUCCGAAACGGUUCCGACAGUGAACUGAAUGCGCUCGAAUUCUCGCAACACUACAUAACAAUACAAUAGAGCAUCAAAGACAUUAUCAAUAUACAUCGUUAUACAGCCACCAUGCCAGUCAGCAAAGAUAACCGUACGCUCGCCAUACUCAAUGCCGCUGCCGCAGGCAACUACGGCGUCAUGGCCGCAAUUGCCUAUAACGUCGAGCAACUCACAGCUCUCGUUCGCGCAGCAGAGUCAAGAAAAUCGCCCCUAAUCAUCCAACUCUUCCCAUCAACCCUCAAACAACUACCCCUCCUCGCACAUGCCGCAGCGCACGCCGUGAAGACCGCGACAGUACCUCUCUCCCUACACAUCGACCACGCGCAGAAUGUCGAACACAUCCGGGAAAUCAUCGCGACACUACCCGUCGAUUCCGUUAUGGUAGACAUGUCACAUUACGACGAAGCCGAGAACCUAGAGAAGACGAAGAUAUUGACCAAAGAAUGCCAUGACAAGGGUAUCGCAGUAGAAGCAGAGAGUGGGCGGAUAGAAGGUGGCGAGGACGGUAUUGCUGAUACCGGAGAUCUUGAAGCACUCUUCACAUCCCCCGAAGAUGUCGACAACUUCAUCGCCGCGGGCGUCGACAUCCUCGCGCCUUCAAUCGGCAACGUCCACGGUGACUACGGCCCAGCUGGACCGAAAGAAGGCCAACUACACUACGACCGCCUCGAAGCGAUCGACAAGCAGAUCAACAAGCGCGUCCUCGUCGCAUUACACGGUACCAACGAUUUCCCUCCCGAAGUCAUGCAACGAUGCAUACGAUCUGGUGCUGUUAAGUUGAAUGUGAACAAGUUGUUGCUGGAGCCGGGCAACGAGGUUUUGAGAAAGAACGCGCCAACGACACCGCUGGCUAAGUUGAUUGAUAUGCAGAUGGAUGUUAUACAGGAGGCGACGGAGAAGUGGAUGGAUAUUUGCGGGAGUAGUGGGAAGGGCGUUAAGGCGCCGUAGGGUUGUUACAUUGGAUUUCAAUCGAAUUGAUCUUAGCUGUGCAGGGCAAAAUGUCUUCGCAUCUUUACCAGACCACAAAACCUGCAGUAGAGCGUAAGCUGCAGCAACUUGUACCGGAGCUAUACUGCUGAGUGUAGAAGUAGGCUGCGCAAAGCCAAGCGUAGCCCGGUGCGAGCAGAUCUUCUCAGUUCUCUC